GAAAAAGGAUGCGGAGCUCAGUACUAGCGCUCAGUGAGUAUUGAGCUGUAUAAUAGUCGAGCUGUCCUACAGAUUGGGGUUGAGGGACCAACCAUGGUAAUUAUUAUGACAGUCCGUGUUUAUUUGUAUAAUUCCGCUAAAUCUUUAUAAAUAUAUAUAUGCAUAUAUAUUGCGAGCUGGAAGAAAAGGGGUAUAUGAGGAAUAGCAGAGAAAGUGUUUUUACCCCUGUUUGCUGUAGAGAAGGGCAGUAGGAAGUGAGUUGGAGGGGGUCUGCUGCUGAAGAAUCCAAACAAUAUGGCGGCGGUGGAGCUAGAAUGGAUCCCUGAAACCCUGUACAACACCGCUAUAUCUGCGGUUGUUGACAACUACAGCCGAUCGCGAGGGGACAUACGUUCCCUUCCUGAAAAUAUACAGUUUGAUGUAUACUACAAGCUCUACCAACAGGGGCGACUCUGCCAGCUGGGAGGGGAGUUCUGUGAACUGGAGGUCUUUGCCAAGGUCCUGCGAGCCUCUGACAAACGACAUCUGCUGCACCAUUGUUUCCAGGCGUUGAUGGACCAUGGCGUGAAGGUGUCCUCGGUGUUGGCCAACUCCUUCGGCCGGCGCUGCUCCUACAUCGCGGAGUCCAGUGCCCACGUCAAAGAGAAGGCCGUCCAGUUUGGCUUUGUUUUAGGUGGCUUCCUGUCUGAUGCGGGCUGGUACAGCGAUGCAGAGAAGGUGUUCCUGUCCUGCCUGCAGCUGUGCACGCUCCACGACGAGGUGCUGCAGUGGUACCGUGCUGUGGAGUGCUGCGUCAGGCUGCUCCACGUCCGUAAUGGGAACUGUAAAUACCACCUGGGAGAGGAGACCUUCAAGCUGGCCCAGGCCUACAUGGACAAACUAGCCAAACAUGGCCACCGGGCCAACAAAGCGGCCCUCUACGGAGAGCUGUGUGCCUUGCUCUUCGCCAAGAGUCACUACGAUGAGGCCUACAGGUGGUGCAUAGAAGCCAUGAAGGAGAUCACAGAGGGCCUGCCAGUCAGGGUGGUGGUGGACGUCCUCCGUCAAGCCUCCAAGGCCUGCGUGGUGAAGAGAGAGUUCAGGAAAGCUGAACAGCUGAUUAAACAUGCUGUCUUUCUGGCCCGGGAGCAUUUUGGACAUAAGCAUCCAAAAUACUCAGACACUCUGCUGGAUUAUGGAUUCUACUUACUCAACGUAGAUAACAUCUGCCAGUCAGUGGCCAUCUACCAGACGGCGCUGGACAUCCGACAGUCUGUGUUCGGCGGGAAGAACAUCCACGUGGCCACGGCCCACGAAGACCUGGCCUACUCCUCCUACGUCCACCAGUACAGCUCGGGGAAGUUUGACAAUGCUCUAUUCCACGCGGAACGUGCCAUUGACAUCAUAACUCACAUUCUCCCGGAGGACCAUCUGUUGCUGGCCUCCUCCAAGAGGGUCAAAGCUCUGAUUUUGGAGGAGAUCGCCAUUGACUGCCACAACAAGGAGACGGAGGAGCGUCUACUGCAGGAGGCCCAUGAUCUCCACCUGUCCUCCCUUCAGCUGGCCAAAAAAGCUUUCGGAGAGUUCAACGUCCAGACGGCCAAACACUAUGGGAACCUUGGACGUCUCUACCAGUCCAUGCGGAAGUUCAAGGAGGCGGAAGAGAUGCACAUCAAGGCCAUCCAGAUCAAGGAGCAGCUCCUGGGCCAGGAGGACUACGAAGUGGCUCUGUCGGUCGGCCACCUGGCCUCCCUAUACAACUACGACAUGAACCAGUAUGAUGACGCAGAGAGACUCUACCUCAGAUCCAUCGCCAUUGGCAAGAAACUUUUCGGUGAAGGCUACAGCGGUCUUGAGUAUGACUACCGGGGUCUGAUCAAGCUCUACAACUCUGUGGGGAACUAUGAGAAGGUGUUUGAGUACCACAACGUGCUGUCAAACUGGAACCGGCUGAGGGACCGACAGUUUGCCGUGGCUGAUGCCCUGGAGGAUGUCAACACGAGUCCCCAACAGACCCGGGAGGUGGUGCAGGCCUUCCUGCUGGCCCAGAGCCACGGGCCCCCGCGAUCUCUUCUGGGCUGACUGAUGGGGGGGAGGGGUGGGGGUGGAUGGAUGAACCAGAGGACUGACACACUGACCGGUGGAUGGAUCUGGGGUCGUUCCACCGAGUUGGUGCUUUCUUUUUGAGAAGUCUUGACAUCUUGGUCAAAUGUUUGCUUUGAUUUUUGUCCUACGAUAAUUUAAACAUGUUCGACUUCAUGAGAAAGAUUUUUCGCAUCUGAAGUUGAGUGGUUGAAUACACAAGGUUGGCUGUUUAGCUGUAAUUCCCGACAUAACCGAAAGUAUAAAUCAAAUGUGGAAUUUCUCCACGUAGUCUGUACUAAAAGGCAGUUAAUUUCAUAUACUGGGCUUUUAAAUUGCAAUAUUAUUGCACAAUUUCUACAUCCAAUAUCAAAAGCACUGUUUUCAUGGAACAACCUAUUUUCAGAUUGACCAACAAACCCACAAAUAACCCCUCCCAAGGAACUUCAUACACAUUUUAUUUCAAAUAGAAGUUAUGUAUGGGACAAAAUCUAAUAACGGCUGUCGAGUCACCUCUACCAGCAAGUCCUUCCCACAUGCAGUAGACAACGUUAAUGACACAGCAUGAUUUCCUCCUCCAACCUCUUCACAUCAAUCUAAGGGACUGAAUAUUUAUUUGACUUUUAGAAGAGAUUUGGAAUUUGCAAAAGGAGGGGAAAUAAUUUUGAGCCCUUUUGAAAAUCCCUUAGAUCCCUGUGGUUCUUAUUUUCUUUCUGACCGUUUGUUUUUCUCCAUCGCUUGCUGGGGCGUGUCCCUGUCGGGCUGGGGCGUGUCCCUGUCGGGCUGGGGCGUGUCCCUGUCGGGCUGGGGCGUGUCCCUGUCGGGCUGGGGCGUGUCCCUGUCGGGAACAAUUAUUCACUUUAUACAGAUGUGGCCAAAUAUUUGGAUACCCUUGCAUCUUUUUCUUAUCUUUUUUAACUUUUUCAUUUUAGAUAAUUGGUCAACUCACCAUGUUGUUGCCUUUUAAACUUUGCAUAAUUUCUCACUUUUUUUUUUUUUUAAAUAAAGAUUAAUGACAUGGACACAAUUCUAGAGCCCUGAGAGCUUUUACUUAAGUGUUUGAAAUAAAGUAAUAAGGGUUUCCUAUAUCAACAACCAAAUGAAGUGUUGAAUAAAAAAAACACUGCCUACAAUCAAUUAUGGGAGAGGUUUGAUAAUGUUGUGGGGUUGUCUCACUGCCUCUGGUACUGUGGGCCUUGAAUAUGUGCAAGACAACAUGCAAUUAAUAAUUUAGGAGACAUGUAAGGGUGUCAUGUAUUUGCUGUCACCUGUAGAUGGUAUACCUCCUAUGGGCCUUGGUCUGAAGAGGUGAUAUAGAUUGGGCAUAAUGGUCUAAGUGAAUGUAUGCAACCACAUACGUCAGGUUUUGGUCCCUCCCUCCACUCUGCCCUUUGUGAUUUAAUGUUUCCACCUUGUUUCUCCUCAAAAAAUGAAGUAAAAAAAAAAAGCCCUAAAAUAAUGUGUCUAUGUAUGUAAUAAAGGGGUUGUUUUUGACUUAUAUUGUGAAA